CGGCCUGAACAACCCUCCCCAAAAUGCCACACCGACGAAUUAUGGCGUCGUUUUAACCCAAAUCUCCCCGAUUGCCGUAAUUUUCCAGAGCCUUUACCACCGAAAAAUUGGAGAUCGGCGAAGUCGUCCGUCGUAUCUUGACCUGCUGGCCGAAGUUGUCAUCCUACCCGCCGUCAGUGCGGCCAUAUUUGUGUUGGUUGGGUGUCUAUGUGAAGAGGGACUGUCUGACGUUUGCGUCAGUAUUUUGACCUCCUUUCGACAAGUCCUUCGUCCAUCCCUCGCGAAUUAUGGAUGUAUACCGAUGAAUUCGCGCGCCCAGUGCUUCGGGGAGAACGGACCUAUUGAUUUCAGUCGUCCAAAGGGUUGCGGUGGUGUGUGGUGAUGCCACCGCCACCGCCCCCAUGUGCUCCUGGUGGGCUGGGCCCCCGUGCGCCACCCCCUCCGCGUUUGCCUGCUGCCAAACUCGGUGGUGGUGGUGGGGGCAAUGAACGCAAUGCUCUUCUGUCGGAUAUUAGGAGCGGCACCAGACUUAAAAAAACUGUUACAAAUGACCGUUCGGCACCUGCUAUCGAGGGUAAAAGUAAGCCCUCUACAAAUGGAGGGUCGUUCGGUGGAGGAGGAGGGGGAGGUGGAGGGGGCAGUGGGAUGAUGAAUGGAGGGGUCCCUCAGCUGGGCGGUUUGUUCGCCGGAGGAAUGCCCAGGUUGAAACCCACAGGAGCGAGAGGAUUCGGCAGUACAAAUUCUUCCACAGGCAGUAGUGGGCCGUUACUACCCCCAGGAAGGAAGCCUGCUCCAAGUGUGCCUCAGCGUGAUUUGUCAUCAGAGUCUGAAGUUUCCACUAAUGAUAUACCUCCUAGUCCAAAGCCUAGUAGUAAGAGUAGUCCAGCCCCUCCUCCGCCUCCAACCACGCGAAAACCUACCUUUCCCGGUGAUAGGCCGUCGCCAAGAGGACCCCUUCCCGAACCUCCUAGUCCUGGUAGUAAGCCUAGACCGAACGAUUUAAAUACCGCAUCAAAUCCCGUUAAAAGCGGUCACCCGACCCUUCCAACCAAGCCUAAUUUAGUAAUCAAACCUAGUGUGGGGAAUAAACCUGCACCACCUAGACCACCCAAUACUGCCAAGCCACAACCUCCACCAAAGUCGCCAGUAGUACAACCAAAUGGGAGCACUCCACCUCAUUCCAGUAGACCAGCAAGUAGAACAAAUAGCAUGCGUGAGUUCAGGAGUUCGAGCGAAUGCGAUUUUAACACGGAGAGUAGUCAUCGUUUUUCAAAAGAAGAUAGCUCCUUUUCGUCGACUAUGACGCAUACGCUUCCAGCAUCGCAUCACAACAGGUCGGGAGAAUCACACUUCGGUCACGUCCGGCCAGUAACCGUGGGACGGGCGGGGGGGCUCAAGAUGACUGCCCCUUCACAGCCCCCUCCCCCACCACCUAACAGGCCAAUGAUUCCAGCACCCCCUCCGCCAAACCAGCCUCCCCCACCUCCCCCUCACAGACCGAAGCCAGAGCCUCCUAUUAAUGCACCUCCCCAGCCUCCCAGCAGAUUUUCAUCACGUCAGUCAGUUUAUGAGGCAUACAUGUUAUAUAUUGACCUCUAUCGGGCUUAUCAAAAUCUUAUUUAUUGUGGUGACUUUGAAAGCAAAUUCAGUUUUCAUACAGCUCAGGAUUUCCCUUACCCCCUCAUAUACGAGAGCUGCACGAAGACCUACCCCAGCAAGAAUGAUAUUCCUUUCUACCUUCAUAGUUCUUAUAUUCAGCUGCAUAGUGGUGCAUCAGAAGCUAAACCAGCAAGUCAGCGUCGUGCACCUCCUCCCCCUCCUGGCCCUCAUCCCCCUAGUAGUAUAAACCUAACCGCCUCUAAUUCGUCUUUACAUCGUUUCUCGACACACACCUCUCCGCCUCCUCCUCCUCCCCAUGCCCCCAUUCACCUGCAAGUAGGUGAGAAGAUGUACGGCACUGAAGCCUCCCACUGCUAGGGAUUGCUUUCCUCGUCAGCGUGGUGUGCCAUUGUCUAGUAAAGUGGAACUUGUUCGUAUGUCAGUCUAUUCUUUUUGUAGUUUGGAAAUUUGUUUCACUGAUUAUAAUUGCUAUGUACUUGAUUCGCCUAUGUUUGAAUGAUUAUCUGAGAAGAACUUGUGCUUUUUAAACUCUUCCGUGAAAAAGUUUAUUGCCGCUGAUUUGAAAAGUUGUUUUGGUUUUUCAAGGCUGUUUCUCGGCAAACCAAUAGCACAGAUCAUGAAUGGACACAGCAACAGCAGCAGCAGCGACAAAGAUUUGCACGGACUCGUACGAUGCAGGAGUGCGCUUACUGUGACAUACCGAGAUGAUCUGUUUUAUUUGGUUUCCACUCGGGAAAAGUUGAAAGUCAUGAUGACAUGCCAGAGUUGUCAUUGAUGUUCCAAAACUGAGAACGAAAGAGAAAAAGGACUCUUUUCAUGUGGCACUACUCACGUGGUACGAGAGAACUGAGGAGCCAAGUGCCUUUCUGUACAGUUUCUCCCUAGAUUUCCAUGUCAAUACUGACCUUUGUGAUUAAUGUGAUACUGUAAAUGAAGUGAAUGAGGUUUUGAAUCUUCAGGGAGUAAGUGAAGAGGUAUGAACAAAUUAUUUUAUUGCUAGGUACGUGCAAUAUUUUAAGGAAAUAGAUGAGUCUGUGCCCUUUUUGUGAUAUUCAUAUGGUGUACAUAUGGGAUAUCAUCCUUUAAACAUAGCAAAAUGCAAAACCACUACUUCCAAAAGCUUUACCGAGUGCCAAGGAUCAGGUAACUCCUGUUCACUUUUGUAAAUAUUGUUGAUGUUUAUUUAGAGAAUCUGCUCAUUUCUUAGUAAAAAUGAAAAAAAAGAGAGAAGCAAUUUUGGAUCUUGUCCCUGUCUCUGAUGGGGAGAAAUUCAUAAAGGGUGAGAACUAUUUUUAUUUUUUUUUUUUUACGAUGGCUUGCUCCCAUAUUAAUUUUGACUUUUUAAAAACCUUCUUACCCAUAUCAGCAUAACAGUGUAUUAGUCAUCACUUUCCCAUUCAUAUUGAUCAUGUUAGGGGUGCUUACAAUUGGAUAUUCUUUGGCAAAGUUGUUAGAGCUUGUAACGCUAGGUAAUCAGUUUAAGUCUGAUUUAUCAGAGCUUGUCGAUGCCAGAUUAUUGUUUUCCUUAUGUAAUUUGUGCCAUGGAGUUGUGAUUGAAAAGGAAAUGUAGUUAACUAUGUUGAUAUUGCUUUUAUGUUUUGCCUUCGGUGAUAACAGAGGCAGGUAGUAUUAUCUUUAAUAUUUCUAUAUAAAUAUAAAUAUAUAAAUAUAUAUAUAUACCUAAUGCCUUCUCAGAUUCCAAAGAUUGUCAUAAUAUUUAAGAUGCUUGGUUCUUUUGUAUAAUAGUUAUCAAAUGCUUUAUUUCAGUUACUUCAUUUACAAAAUCCAUUUAUAGACUUCACCAUUCAUCUGUCCUUAAGCUAGAAGCCAAUUUGGUUGAGAGAGGGUCUUGUAUCACAUUCCUGUUUUGGAUCCCAACUGUGUCUAGAAUUGGAUAUGUUAGUUUUACGUUUAGCUUGAUUUGUUUGUCAUGAAAAUCACUCGCGGACACUUUUCUCAUGAACUACAGUAUGUGAUUUGGAUAGCAUAUCAUACCUUCCUAGAAAUGCCAUGCUCAUGAUUAGUCUUCUUAAAAAACUAAAUCACACAUAUAUAUAUAUAGUAUUGUAUAAAUGUUAGGGGAAUAUCAAGUCUAACUAAAGGAAUUAGACUGGUUGCAUGUAUCUGUACUGGCCGUCCAUAACUAUUUUUACACAUUGUUCAAGGUGCACUAGAGUGCCUUUCUUGCCUAGCAAGCAGAGGCCCACCCCUUCCCCCCCCCCACAGCACCUAUGAUUGGAGUGUUUAUCAUCGUGUGUUCCUGACUGCCUACACAGGUUUUUUUGGAUAUUAGAAGUUUUUUGUUUUAUAUGCACUAGUCCUCAUUACUUUGGUUAAUGUAUUUUCACAGAGAAAUUUGACUUUACGCCCUGCGGCAGUGUUCCGGACAAAGUGUGUACGUCACAUAUAUAUUGAUUGUUCGCUAUGUUAAAUGAAUUGUACGUUGAUUUAUAAAAUGGCUAUAAAGGAGAAAUUGUUUCUUCAUCAAGAAAUUCUUAAACACUUAAAUCUAGCUAUUAGAACUUUCCAUUAUUUAUUGUGUAUCAACUUGUGCAUAAAUAAUUUAUUACAAGUUAUACCGUUGUAGUUAAUUUAUAUUAUGAGAUGCUGGAAGCAAUUGUUAUUGUAAAAAGGUAAAAAUCACCUCUUAGGUAAACGAUCUAGCUUGCUAGACAACUGACUCUUUCAAGCUGUAAAGGCAAGUGGAAUAAUGAAAGUUAGGGUCAAUUGUUGUAUUGUACAUCAUUCAUAAAUUCCAUGGAGUAAAUAUUAACAAAGGAGCUGA